AAAUGCCACAAUGUAGCUCCACUCAAUGACUAAAAGGGGGAAGCACAAAGAAAUUGGCUGCUUUAGUCCGAGAUGGUCCUUUAACUUAACUUCAAAGAGCCACCAUCAUUCCAAGCGCAUUCAAUAGCACACCCUGGUUGCUAGCUUUUUCACUUAUUGUUUUCUAAAAGCGGAGUUGAAUUCGAUAUUGAUGUGUGAAGUUUUUGUCAGCUGCCAGCUAGUUAGCUAGCAAUCUGAGUUAAACGCGACGAGUUUUGCCUCAGUUCGCUUCUGGUGGUAUCAUACGCUACCUUGGUCAACUUACUAACUAACUGUAAUUUUUACUGGCGUUCCUGAAGUGAUGUACAUCCAACCUCUCACAGUAGGAUUUUACAAAAAGCAUUGCGGAUGUCAAGGUCACAGUGAUGGAGCAGAAUAGAAAGACACUUUGAUCUGUGGCCAAUGCCGUCAGAGGAAUUGUCUGGUUUUUAAGUCUGGCAGUGGAUCGUGGCAGUUUUGGCACAGGCCUGAGGGUAUGUUGAGACGUCUCGCAGGGCCAGAGAAGAGGCGUCUAGGUGGUUCGGACGGGGACUGAAGGUGAGGAGGAAAGACAGAAGAGGGACCAGGGAGGAAGACAUGGGUCAGUGUGUCACAAAGUGUAAGAAUCCAACGUCCUCACUCGGCAGCAAGAGUGGAGACAAGGAGAGCGGUUCCAAGUCCCACCACAAGAAAGGAGGCAGUGCUGGUGGCGGUGGGGGCCACAAAGAAGAGCCCAGUGCCCCGUGUAGCAAAGCCACCAGCGACCUGUCGAAUGGCACCAAGGCCUUGGAGGUUACAGUGGAGACGCCCGUCAUCCCUGCUGUGAAGGGGGACCUGUGCAAGGACGAGUGUCUGGAUGGAGACGGGCUGUCGUUGCUGCGCAUUGAGGAGCUAUUCUGCUGCUACAAGGACGAACAGGAAGACGCCAUCUUGGAGGAAGGCAUGGAGAUGUUCUGUAAUGACCUGUGUGUGGACCCGGCAGAGUUUCGUGUCCUUGUUCUUGCCUGGAAGUUCCAAGCAGCCACCAUGUGCAAGUUUACAAGGAAAGAGUUUGUUGAAGGUUGUAAGGCCAUCCAGGCAGACAGCCUUGAGGGUAUCUGCUCACGUUUCCCCAUCAUGCUGCUGGACGCUCGGGGCGAGGAGAACUUCAAAGACCUGUACCGAUUCACCUUCCAGUUUGGCCUGGACGCUGACGAGGGCCAGCGCUCUCUGCAGCGCGAAAUCGCCAUCGCCCUGUGGCGCCUGGUGUUCACCCAGGACUCGCCCGAGAUCCUGGAGCACUGGCUGGACUUCCUGUCGGAGAACCCCUCAAGUAUUCGGGGCAUCUCCAGGGACACGUGGAACAUGUUCCUCAACUUCACCCAGACUAUCGGGCCCGACCUGAGCAACUACAGCGAGGACGAGGCCUGGCCCAGCCUAUUCGACACCUUCGUGGAGUGGGAGUUGGAGCGCAGGAAAAAAGACGAGGAGCAGGCGCUGAUGGAAAAGGAGGAAGAGGGGAGGUGUACUGAGACAGAGUGUUCUCCCACCACAGACAGACUUGAAACAGAGGGAAGCCGCGGCUCACAGACGUGGGGGGGCCACUGACCAGGAAUUAAGAAAUAUUUGUAAGGGAGGGACGGAUACGAUCUACACCUGAACUGUACAUCUGUGAAUCAUUGGAUGAAUAUUAGUAUUACCAUUACAGCUGUUUAUUUCGCUCAUCUUUUCUGUUGGGGUGGGAUUCCUGCUUUGCACCCUUAUUUUUUUGGUUUUCGAAAGGGCUCUAAGAACUGUCAUGUUUUAAGCACUUCUAUUUAAGUUAUUGUUUUACUUUUUUCUCCUCCCAUGUGUGUUUUUAGUAACUGGACAUGUGGUCCAUUUUAACCUCGCCCUACUUACCAUAACCCAGCAGAGUUAGAUCAGAAAAAGCUUGGUAUUAAAAAAACGGGCAACAGAAAGCCAUAACCUUUCCCCACAAUUAUCAACUAUAGACAGUUCAUUUUGACCUGGUAACACUGCUGAUAUGUUUUAUACAAGGAAAUAGUUAACAAUAAAGAAGAAGGGAAAUCUUGGCAACCUGUCCACCAAUAGUUUCUUACUAUCAAAACAAAAGGGUGAGGGUCAGCGAAAUCCUCUUGAUUGGACUAAUCUAGUUAGAUUGUAUGCUUUUAUCUUGCAGUGCUGUGAGGAUGAAUUGGUUGCACUUGUAUUGCCUUCACACACACCUGUUGGCCUGCAAUCACAUGGCAAACGGUAAUGGAUUACAAUUCUGUCACAAGGGCAUUGUUUUGAAAGAUAAUACAAAGUUGUAAUAUCCAUUUAAAAUCCAAGUUGAUUUCAAUGAUAACAGACCCACCCUCUCUUCUGUGUUGAGUGUUUUUGAGUGCUACUAGUGCAGUGAGCGGCUUCGCUUUUUUAAAGCAGCUGGCUGUGCUCCCUUUUGACCUCUAGCAUCUGCCAUUUUGAUGUCCACCUAUUUUCAAGAAGCAGUUAAGUGUGUAAAACACAAUGAUGCUGGCUUUUCUCAGAUGCCUCAUUUGAUCUCAUUUUAGGAAGUCUGUAACACAACAAAUCAGCUAAUGCUAGGUCUCAGUCAUUUCUCAAUAGAUGAUGUCUAAAAAAUAACCUGCGUUACAUUCAGGACCAUGAACACUGGGCGCCACACAAGGCUUAUUUUGUUUACCUUCAGGAGUUUAAGAGCCUUCACAUCCUUAAACUGCUAUACAGAGAAAAAAAGCGUGCUGCUGCUGGUGAUGGUUAUAAUGGAUUGCACAAAUACCAAUGGCAUGAUUAGUCGCUAUACUUGCAAAGCUUUGCAGAAAGAUUGAUGUCAAUCACAUAAUUUCCAUUUUAAACCUUUUCCAAACUGUAGAUUGAUCUUAAGUAUAGCCUAGGGUGUUUUGGGACGAGUGAAUGAGUGUUAACUUGACAAGCUGGCUAAUCAAGAGCCUGUGGCGGUGUGGUAAGAGGGUGGCCAUAACCUGAUCUGUUUGGUUUACAUCUAUAUUGGAUUUAUUUCAGACCCCCUUUGUCCUUUUUUUUAUAUAAAAUGUAUUGAUUUAUAAUAAAUAAAAACAGUGUUGAACUUUUAA